CGCAGGAGGCGGGAGAUGCUGCUGCAGCAACUGGGCUUCAUCUGCGCCAUCCUCUUCUUCGCCUGGUGCAUGUCCAGCCUGCUCUCCAGAGUGGGCCGAGAAUCAACCGUUGCAGACAGACGUGUUUUGUCAGAAAUAUGGAGGAAUAGAAGGUUGAUGGCAUCACCUAAUGGGACACAUGAAGGAAAGAACUGUACAGAGCCAGCCAUUACUGAAUUUCCUGAAGAUAUAUUUACAAAUAAAGAACGGCAGCAAGGAGGAGUUCUGCUUCAUAUCGUUGCUGCUCUUUAUAUGUUCUAUGCUUUGGCUAUAGUAUGUGAUGACUUCUUUGUUCCAUCCUUAGAGAAAAUUUGUGAGAAACUACAUUUGAGUGAAGAUGUUGCUGGAGCCACAUUCAUGGCAGCAGGGAGCUCCACUCCAGAACUGUUUGCAUCUGUUAUAGGUGUGUUUAUCACUCACGGAGAUGUAGGAGUAGGGACCAUUGUUGGUUCAGCAGUUUUCAACAUCCUCUGCAUUGUCGGUGUCUGUGGAAUAUUUGCAGGACAGGUGGUUUGUCUCACCCAGUGGGCUGUGUACCGGGACUCUGUAUACUACACGAUAUCUGUGAUAGUGCUUAUUGUUUUCAUAUAUGAUGAGAAAAUAGAAUGGUGGGAAAGCCUUAUACUCAUCAUUAUGUAUUCAUUCUACAUACUUAUCAUGAAGUACAAUGCGAGGAUGCAAAAUUUCUUCACCCUUAAAAGCAAGAAUGUUGGAAAUGGUGACACAGUCAACAAUGAGCUGGAAGAUGGUAAUAAAUGUUAUGCCUCUAGUUGUGAUGACCCAUCUAUUCCAUUACUAUGGAAAGUGAAGGGUAUGCAGCAGUACGGCAAAAACAGUGUUGUGAUGGUGGAUGAGAUAAUCUGCUCCAGUCCCCCCAAAUACCGGUUCCCUGAAGCUGGAUUACGGAUUAUGAUUACAAAUAAAUUUGGACCACGCACCAGAAUGCGGAUGGCAAGCCGACUCAUCAUUAAUGAGCGUCAGCGGUUAAUCCAGUCUGCCAAUGGCUCAAGCAAACCACUUCAGAAUGGGAGACGUGAGAAUAUUGAAAAUGGGAACAUCCCUGUGGUGAACCAAGAGGAGGAAAAUGAACAGGACAAUCUAUCUCCCUUUUCAUUGCCAGAUGGAAAAAUGAACAAAAUUAAAUGGAUUUUGACAUGGCCAUUGAUAUUCCUGCUCUUUUGCACCAUUCCAAACUGCAGCAAACGACGCUGGGAGAGGUGUUUUAUGGCGACAUUCAUUUUAUCCACUCUCUGGAUUGCCUUGUUUUCCUACUUUAUGGUGUGGAUGGUGACUGUUAUUGGAUACACCCUUGGGAUACCAGAUGUGAUCAUGGGCAUUACUUUCCUAGCUGCAGGAACAAGCGUCCCAGACUGCAUGGCCAGCUUAAUAGUAGCAAGACAAGGCCUCGGUGACAUGGCAGUAUCCAACACAGUAGGGAGCAAUGUCUUUGACAUUCUGGUGGGCCUUGGUGUUCCAUGGGGUUUGCAGACCAUGGCGAUUGAUUAUGGAUCAACUGUUAAGAUAAACAGCAAAGGACUGGUCUAUUCAGUUGCACUUUUGCUAGGAUCAGUGGCGCUUACCGUGUUUGGAAUCCAUGUAAAUAAGUGGAAACUUGACAGGAAAUUAGGCAUCUACGUGUUGUUUCUUUAUGCUGUUUUCCUGUGUUUCUCUAUACUGAUAGAGUUUAAUGUCUUCACCUUUGUGAACUUCCCUAUGUGCCGAGAAGAACAAAGUGCCUUAAAGUUUGCUGUAAUGAUGAAAACAUCAGCAGGAGACAAGCGAGCCAGGGAUGACUCAGGCCCAAUCAGAGAUAUCAGCGAAGAGGGAAAAGAGACACAUCUCUGUCAGGCCACUGCCCUGCAAAACUGCCUCCCGCUUCCAGGGAUCAGCAUCCUUGAUAAACUCAUCAAGACCUGUCCCGUCUGGCUUCAGCUGAACAUGAAUCAGGAAAGGGCUGGGGCAAUACUUGGCAAAGAAACAGCAGGGAUAUUCUUGGUUAGGAAAGAGGGUAACGGGAAAAACAUGGUCCUUGCAGUCCGCUUGCCAGUGCAGAACGAGGCUCCCAGUGUGCUGGAGUACAGCAUUAAAGAAGAAAAAUCAAUCCUGUACCUGGAAGGAUCUGUCCUUGUAUUUGAGGAUGUCUUCAAACUGGUUGCCUUCUACUGCGUCAGUAGGGAUUUGCUGCCCUUCACCCUGAGGCUGCCACAAGCAAUAUUAGAAGCCAGUAGCUUUCAAGACCUUGAAAUUAUCUCUAGUCUGGGGAUAGAUUUCUGGGAUUCCUCCUUAAACCACAGAAUAGGAGAGGAUUUAUCCCACCCUGCAAAAGACUCUGUUUUCAGCACUGCCCAGGCAGACAGUUUAAGAUCUACCCAGUGUUUUGCAAGUAGCACAAACCACUGCUCAUGUGAAAUUGAGCUGUCAAUAGGAAAUGACAGGCUGUGGUUUGUGAAUCCUAUUUUUAUAGAAGAGUGCAGUAAUCCUUUUCCUCCAGAUGUACCUCCUCCUAAAAGCCAUGCUGUGAGCACCGAUCUCCCUCCUGCCACCACGCUCGCUGAAAGGAGGUCUCCCUGCCGCCCCCCUCCACCUCCACCUUCUCACUCUCUCAUUCAGAAAUCUUCUCUGAAACUUCUGCGGGAUCCCAUGACUGCCUGUGAAGAAAAUGAGCUGCUUCUUCAGCCACUAGGAAAGAGCAUCAAGGAAAUGAAAAUUGAGGGCGGUGACAAUAAAGAAGAAGAAGGGAAGCAGAGCUGCUCAGUCAAUGAGCCCUCGGCAGUGAGUCCCAAGAAGGGCUCCCAGCCCUUUGUCCCGCCACGGAGGCGGCUGUGCGAGAGGACCUCGGAGGAGAGCUGUGUGGGUAAACCUGGAAGUUGUGAAACGCUGAAAGGGGAACGGACAGAAGAAAAACAAGACACAAGUACAGAGAGCAGAGAUAAAAGGUCACUGUGCAAAGAGGCUGUAGAAAUGCCUGGGGAGGUUCCUGAAAGGGCUAUAUCACAGUUCCAGCAGACAAAGCCUGAACCUGCAGAGAAGAAAGAGGACAUGCCUGAGAUACAAAGCAAUGCCAUUGAGAAAGGAAAGUCACCUCCUAUCCCACCACCGAGAAGGAAGAGGCUUUCCCAGGUACCAAGGAUCCCCAGGUCCAGCCAGUCAAAGCAAAGAACAGUGGCAGAGACAGCCACAGCCACAGCACAGGCUUUGUGCAAGAGCAGCUCAACUACAGUGGCAGGUGGUGCCACUUGCACACACACCAAGACUAAACCGGGACACGGCCGCAAAUCCGUCAUCUCAGCUGAACUGAAAGGUUCGCACUCCUCCCUGGAGGGCCCAGGAGGCAACGCCGUGGCUCAGGCGUCAGCGUCCGAGCCAGACUCCUACUCCACCAGCAGCACAGAGGAUGACCUGGAGCUGCUGAGUAGUUCAUCCGGUAAAAAGACACGCUCCGUGAUCUUGGGCAAGGCCAAGAACAGGCUGUCCUUUGUGAGCCUGUCCAAUGUCUUCACAGUCUUUUUAUCUAGUGACAGGAAGCUGCAGAAGAAGAUAGUGGAGCUGGCACAGGACAAGGAUUCGUACUUUGGCAACCUGGUGCGGGACUACAGAGUGUACAGUUUAGAGAUGAUGGCAAAGCAGAGCUCCAGCACAGAGAUGCUACAAGAAAUACGGAUGAUGAUGACGCAGCUGAAGAGUUACUUAGUGCAGAGCACUGAGCUGAAAUCUCUGAUAGACCCUGCCUCCUACACCGAGGAACAGUUAGAAGUGAUUGCUGAGACGGCUUUGUACAAGUGUGUCCUGAAGCCUUUGAAAGAAGCCAUUGAUUCUUACUUAAAAGAAAUCCACAGCCAAGAUGGAUCUUUACAGCAGCUAAAAGAGAACCAACUUGUGAUACAAAACACAACUACCACUGACCUAGGCAUCACAACCAGUGUGCCUGAAACCAUUGUGCUGGAAAAGAUCGUUCACAAGUUCACAACCAUGCAUAAGGCCUACUCCCCAGAAAAGAAGAUUGCCAUCUUGCUGAAGUCCUGCAAACUCAUCUAUGACUCCAUGGCCCAGGGAAACCCAGGGAAGCCAUACGGUGCAGAUGACUUCCUCCCCGUGCUCAUGUAUGUGUUGGCCCGCAGCAACUUGACUGAAGUCCUUCUGAAUGUGGAGUAUAUGAUGGAGCUGAUGGACCCUGCUCUGCAGCUAGGGGAAGGCUCCUAUUAUUUAACCACCACCUAUGGGGCCCUGGAGCACAUCAAGAACUACGACAAAAUCACUGUCACGCGACAGCUGAGCAUGGAGGUGCAGGACUCCAUUCACCGCUGGGAGCGACGGAGGACGCUGAACAAGGCCCGGGCUUCCCGCUCAUCAGUGCAGGAUUUCAUCUCUAUUUCCUUUCUGGAAAUUGGUGCUUACUCAAGGACACUUGCCUCCCGGAACGACACCACCACUGAGCAGCUGAGCCAGCAGUGUGCCGAAAAGUUUGAAGUCUCUCAUCCCAAGGACUAUGGACUCUUUGUUUAUGUUGAUGACCAGUGGCUGCAGCUAGACAAAGGUGCCCUUCCUCACCAUAUCAAAGCCUCCCUGCUGAAGAGUGAAACCAAGAAAGAUUUCCAUUUUAUUUAUAAACCAAUAGAGCACAAAAACCCACCAGUUCCAAUUGUCAAAGAGUCAGACUUUCCCUAAGGGCCAUGCUGCUCUUUGUUGUGUUUGCUGUCAUCCCGAAAGGGCUGGAUAGUUUAUCUCAUGAGAUCCUCUGGUAUCUGCAGACCUCAGUCGGUCUCUGGAGCGUGGCCUUCAACAUAGCAUAGACGUACUAAUUGUAGAUGCUCUCUGAAUACAGGGCAUUUCUCAGCAGAGUUCAUUUGCAGAAAUAAAAGGAGCAUUCAGGAGAACGUUCAUCCUCUGGAAAACUUGAAGUAUCAAACCUCAGAACCUCUCGCUGGCAACCAGCCGACGUCGCAGAAUGUAAAUGGACAGUGGAGAAAAUCCAGCGAUCUUGCGGAAAAGUGGACAUUUACUCCAUAAUAAAUUAUGGCAGGUGUGAAUCACCUCGGUGCACAAGGCCUGUGAAAGGUCUGCAGACACUUCAAUGCUAUCUGGAGGUAAGACUGUGUUUACGCCUUACAGUAUCUGUUCAGCCAGUUUGAAUAAACUGAGUCUUGUCUGAUGUAUUCAGUGGCGUAGGGUUGCUACCUGUAGCAAAACUCCAUCUCUGUCUUGCUGUCUACAACAUGUCAUUGCCUUUGAAAGCCACAUAAUUACAGACCAUGCAAGAUGAUCCUGUACCUUCACUAAGAAUACAUUUUCUGCCAUCUAUUUGUCACUGAAAUCAGGUAGCAUAGGCAUUUUCAUCAAUAUAUUUUUCUUAAAGAUUGAAAGUCUUCACCAUCAGUUUUACAUGUACAGCAGUUUUAAUCACAUUGGUUGUAUGAUAAUGUCUGGUUAACUGUAUAUUUAUUUCCAUGUAUGAUAUGGUGCAAUUAUUUUAAAAUAAGCAUUUGUAAAGAACUUAAUAAUUUGCCCAGUGUAGCAAACCAGAUUAAAAUUUGAAAGUCAAAAAGAGCUGG